UUUCUUUGGGUUUAUAUGGAAGACAAACUAUGUUUUUUUUAAUAAAUAGCUGACGUGGAUUUCUAAUUAGGAACUUUGAGCCUGUUGGGAAGGCUUGACUAAUUACAAGGAGAAAAGGAACCUCAUCUUCUUCAUUAUCUACAUGUUUAGAAAACAGGUGGUUGUAGUGAAAAGCCAUGAGCUCAAUAGGGCAGAGCAUUUUGAUGGCCCUCACUGUUACUGUGAACAAGUUUGCUUCCUCUAAUGUGCAGGCAGUUCAAAGAAAACAUAGAAAAGGACCAAAGAAAACCACUUCCUCCGGCACCACAACCGAUUUCGGAAGAAGAGGGCUGCUCUUAUCUGCUGCAGUUGCUGCUCCCCAACUCAGUGACUCUGCCACUGAGCUUCUCAAAAAGUAUCUUAAGAAGUCAGAAGACAACAAGGCCAAGAAUGACAAGGAGAGAAUGGACGAUUAUUACAGGCGGAAUUACAAGGACUAUUUUCAGUUUGAGGAAGGACCUUUGAGGGGAAAGAAAACACCGCUUACAGAAGCAGAGAAGGGUAUUCUUGAUUGGCUUGACGGCAACAAAUGAAACCCAAAUUGUACAAGUGCUUGAAUUUGAAGAGUAAUGAAGUAGAUUUUAGUUGUGCAUUAAGCUUUUGUUUUGAAUGAAUAUUCUUCUGUUUGAGC